CCCAUUGGUCCGUUUAUAGAAGCUGCUCUGAUGCGCUAUGGUGACACAGCCAAGUCUCCGGCGAUAAAAAAGAACGGCAGCACAGGAGAAACUCAAGUGUUGGAGAGCGAAAUUCCAUUUGAUGGUGAAUGCACCUUUGCGCGUCUUAACACGGCUGGAAAGAUUUGUCCAACUCCUGAGGGAUCUGGUGAAGAAUGGAGUGGUAUGUCUUGGUGCUGAUGUUGAGCUUGCCGCCUUCCAUCCACACAGAUUGUUCUUCACAGUGUCAGAAAUGCGCACAGCAGAUUCUCAGCACCGACGCCCCUUUCAGCAGCCUGUCGUGCAGUGUGGAGUGUGAGGGGCAUCUGGACAGCUGCGGCCAGGCUCCGGAACUGGCGGACUUAAGUCAGGAUGAAGCUGCGGAGGAGGAGGAGAGCCAGCAGGCAGACAUAGUCAAACGCUACGGCGGUUUCAUCAAGAGGAUUGACAAGAACAAGAACAAACUUUUCACCUCACCGUGGCGCGACAAUUACAUUCUGAAGGCAGGAACGCUGCCUAAGAAAUACGAGGACUUGUUGAAGAGGCUGGAGGAGAGAGAUGUAGACGCGCCGGAGAACGAGGGCGAUACUCCAGAGGACCAGAUGCUCCACAGAUAUGUUAAACGUUACGGCGGCUUUUUACGCAAAUUCGGCCCGAAGUCAAAGCGGAGUAGUUCCGUGGAGCAGGAGAGCCAGGAGCCAGAGGAGCUUCAGAAGCGCUACGGAGGAUUCAUGCGUAGGAUCCGACCAAAGUUGAACAACCUGAAGUGGGACAAGCGGUACGGAGGCUUUCUGCGCCGCCACUUCAAAAUCUCCGUGCGCUCAGUCGAGGAGCCAUAUUACUCCUAUGAUGACUUGAACCUAUAGAUGAACCCUACUGAAAAAAACUAGAAGGAACUUGUGCAGGUUCACUUGAAAUGCCAACAUUUAUCCAAAAAAGUAUCAUAUGCCUGUCUAUCUUGCUUGUAGCCUACUCAGUUGCCUUCUGUGUAAUAACUCUCAUCUCUGUGUUAUUGGUAUCACCGUCUGACUUUAAAUAAAGGAUGCUUGUUUAAUUAAAAAAAAAAAA